GAGUUUCAGUCAGUAAAUCGACGUCUUUCGUUUCGGUGUGAUGUGGUGUGUUGGGUUAAAGAAGAAUUAAAAAUUGUUUCAAAUAGAAUUAAAAAUGACGAUGAAACGAAAACAAUCAGAAUCGGAAGAAAAACCUUCCGAAACCAACGGAACGUUAUCUAUCAACGAUGAAGAUUUAUCAAUUAAAAAAAAACGAAAAAUUACAUUAAUGAACGGCGUCGGUCUUAUUAUCGGUACGAUAAUCGGAAGUGGGAUUUUUGUAUCACCAACCGGCGUCUUUCGAUCCACCGGAUCUGUAGGAGCUUCAAUUCUUAUAUGGUGUCUAUCCGGAGUUUUUUCAACAUUGGGAGCGUUAUGUUACGCGGAAUUAGGAACUUCGAUAACGCGAUCGGGGGGCGACUACGCUUACAUUUAUACGGCUUUUGGUCCGUUAGCUGGAUUUUUAAGACUUUGGGUUGCUAUACUUAUUAUUAGACCGACAACUCAAACGAUUGUUGCACUUACUUUCGCUCAAUAUGCUGUUAAACCUUUCUUUCCGGAUUGCGAACCGCCAGAAGAUGCUUGUAGACUUUUAGCUGCUGUUUGUUUAUGUCUUCUAACUGCGAUAAACUGUCUUAGUUCUCGCUGGUCGAUGAGGAUUCAAGAUAUUUUCACCAUAGCUAAACUACUUGCAUUGGUCGGAGUAAUCCUUAUUGGUCUAUAUUAUCUAAUAUGGCUGGAAAAGGUCGAGCAUUUCGAAAACGCUUGGGAUGGUGAAUAUAAUCCAGCAUCUAUAGCCCUCGCGUUUUAUUCCGGAUUAUUUGCAUUUGGUGGAUGGAAUUACCUUAAUUUUGUUACUGGAGAAUUAAAAGAUCCUUAUACAAAUCUUCCUAGAGCAAUAUGGAUUGCAAUGCCAAUGGUUACAAUUGUUUACGUUUUAGCAAACAUAGCUUAUUUUAUUGUUUUAUCAAAAGGAGAGAUAUUAAGUUCUCCAGCGGUUGCAGUGUCGUUUGGUAACAUUACAAUACCAGAAGUAAGCUGGUUAAUACCAAUUUUCGUUGCACUUUCUUGUUUUGGAGGUGUAAACGGUGUAAUAUUCACUUCCGGCCAUCUUUUCCGUACGGGAGCUCAAGAUGGACACCUUCCAGAUAUUUUUUCGUUUCUCCACGUUCAAAAGAAAACUCCUAUUCCAUCACUUAUAUUUAGCUGCGUAACAUCUUUAGCGAUGCUUUUAGUUAGCGACGUCUUCAUUUUAAUAAAUUAUUUUAGCCAAAUCCUUUGGUUUUCAGUGGCAGCGUGUAUAGCGGGAAUGUUGUGGUUGAGAUACAAAGAACCGGAUAUGCCAAGACCAAUAAAAGUAAACAUUUUCAUCCCCGUAACGUUUUUAAUGUGUUGUGCGUUUUUAAUUAUUUUUCCCAUUCCAACAUAUCCGUGGAAUACAAUAAUUGGAGUUAUUAUAGUUCUUUCAGGCAUUCCAGUAUAUUAUUUAUUUAUUAAAAAUGCUACAUCUGGGUCUUAUGCUAUAUAUAGCGAAACGAUAACCAGAUUCCUCCAAAAAAUGAUAAGUGUAACUUAUUCAGCUGAUGAUGAAGAGGAACCAAGAGAUAAAUAAUUUUGUUAGAUUUUUUACGUGUUGAUUUUUAUAUUUAUUGUAACUGUACGUAAGCACCAUUAUGCAUGUAAUUCCUGUGUGUUAUUAAAAUGUGACUUAAAUUAUUA